AUGCCCUCGCCAACAGUCCGUAUUGUGGAAGUUGGCCCGCGCGACGGCCUCCAAAACAUCCCCACGCAGAUUCCCACCGCAACCAAGCUCGACUUAAUCCACCGGCUUCACCAAACCGGUCUAAAGACGAUCGAGCUGACCUCGAUCGUCUCCCCACGCCACAUUCCCCAGCUCGCUGACUGCAAGGAUCUCCUUCAACACCCCUCUAUCCGGGCAUUAGGCCACGACAACAACCCUGACCUUCGGCUCCCGGUACUAGUCCCCAAUCUCAAGGGUUUAGAAAUCGCACAAUCCCUCCAAGUAAGAGAGAUCGCUGUUUUCGUCAGCGCGACGGAAGGGUUCAGCCGGGCCAAUAUCAAUUGUUCGGUGGAGGUUGGACUUGCGAGGGCGCGGGAGGUGGUCGGGCGGGCAGUAAAGGAUGGGUUGGUUGUACGAGGAUACGUCUCCUGCAUCUUCUCCGAUCCCUACGACGGACCCACCUCACCCGACGCGGUGCUCCGCUGCGUGCAAGCCCUCCUUCAAGCGGGAUGCUACGAAGUUAGCCUCGGCGACACCCUAGGCGUCGGGACCCCCGCGAAAGUCCGCCGUCUCCUGGACUAUCUCACGAACUCCGGUGGUAUUCCCAUUGGUGCCUUGGCCGGCCACUUCCACGAUACCUACGGCCAGGCGGUGGCCAACGUCUGGGAGGCGUAUACCUGUGGUGUACGCGUCUUUGAUAGCAGUGUCGCGGGGCUGGGUGGGUGUCCGUUCGCGCCCGGAGCCAAGGGCAACGUCGCCACUGAGGACGUGGUUUAUAUGUUCCAAGAGGCUGGGAUCGAGACAGGGGUCGAUCUGGCCCGGUUAGUCGAGACGGGGUUCUGGAUCGCGAAGCAGCUCCCCGCUGGAGAGCAUGGGAGUCGGGCUGGAGCUGCGCUGGCGGCUAAGACUGCUGCGGAGUCGUCGCCGGCAGCCUCUCGGCAGUCGUCGAAGGCACAGCAGGCGCAGGGACAGGGACAGGCGCUGUCACCGGCUUUGCAAUGGGCUUUGAUUGUUGACGCCGAGGGGAUGCGGCUGUUUCGCUGCGGGGUUAAUUUGAAGGUCGUGCUGAAUCGUCCACAGAAUGGAAAUGCGUUGACCGCUGCGAUGAUUGCGGAGUUGCGGUCGGUGAUAGAUUCUGCGAGUUCGGAUCCAGCGGUGUCAAGGGUUAUCAUUACGGGUACUGAGAGGUUCUUCUGUACGGGGAUGGACUUGGGGAAAGGGAGUACUUCGGUGGCGCAGGGGGUGGAGAGCAGCGAGGCGCAAUUUACAAGGCUGACGGAGCUGUUCGAGGUAAUUGAUCAGUGUCCGAAGGUGACUAUCGCUUGUUUGAAUGGGCCGGCGUUUGGCGGCGGGGUUGGACUAGCGUUUGCCUGUGAUAUUCGUCUCUGCACCAAGGCUGCUACUGUCACGCUGAGCGAGGGAAAGCUGGGUCUUUGUCCCGCAACCAUCUCGAAGUAUAUUAUCCGGGAAUGGGGGGUGGCGUUUUCGCGUGAGGCAAUGCUCUCUGCUCGUCCGGUCAAGCCUCAGCAGCUGUAUUCGCUGGGCCUCGUCGCUGAGGUCGCGGAGAAUCAAGAAGCCCUAGACAAGCAGCUAGAUACCUUGUUGAUACGCCUGCGCCGGGUCUCUCCCAAUGCAUCUCGCAUGUCGAAGGAUUUGGUCAAUCUCGCCUGGAAGCACGCGGGCAAAGACGAACAGGCAUCGGGAAUCAAGGCACUCUUCCAGGAGAUGAUGCGAUCCGAUGGCGAUGGCGCCCAUGGAGUGCGUGAGUUCCAGUCCGGUCGGCCGGUAGAUUGGGACGCUUACAGUCAGAAGACCAAGAGAACUCCCAAGGCCAGAUUGUGA